AAAUAUCACACGAAAUCCAAAACUCAAAGUCUGAUUGGUUGUUUGGAAUUGAAGUGGCAGAAGUCCUCUGCUGAAAUUAUCUUAUCCUCUCAGCCUCUUAUCAUAUCCAAAUGACAGAAACCCAUAUUUUGUCAUAAUUUGUCACCACCUCCUUAUAUACCUGUCCAAUGCACAGAAAGUUCCUCCAGUCACUACCACACUCCCCAUCUUUCUCCUCGUCCAAACAGUCCUCUGCACUACCUUGGAAGAGGAUUUUGAUUGAAACCCACUUCAAAUUUGAAGGUGUCCAUGGCUCUACAGGCUGCUGCUCUGCUUCCUUCUGCUUUCUCCAUUCCCAAAGAGGGAAAGUGCGGUGCAUCUUUGAAGGACUCUACUCCUUUUGGAAUCUCUCUGUCUGACCAUCUCAAAGCUGGAUGCAGCUCUUAUGCUUUGAGAAUCAAGAAGGAAUCACACCAAAGAAAGCUACCCCGCUGGGCUGUAAGAGCACAAGCAGUGGUCACUACUCCGGCAAUUAACCAGGCCACAACUGAAGGGAAGAAAACCCUAAGAAAGGGCAUUGUGGUGAUCACCGGAGCCUCCUCCGGAUUGGGCCUGGCCACAGCCAAGGCCUUGGCUGAAACAGGCAAAUGGCACAUUAUUAUGGCCUGCCGUGACUUCCUAAAGGCCGAAAGGGCCGCCAAAGCCGCUGGCAUUGCCAAGGAGAAUUACACAGUCAUGCAUUUGGACCUUUCAUCACUUGACAGUGUUAGGCAGUUUGUGGAAAAUUUCAAGCGUUCUGGCCGUCCACUCGAUGUGCUGGUUUGUAAUGCUGCUGUGUACUUGCCGACUGCUAAAGAGCCUACUUUUACCGCUGAAGGGUUCGAACUUAGUGUUGGGACUAACCAUCUUGGACACUUCCUCCUUUCGCGGUUGUUGCUCGAUGACUUGAAGCAAUCUGAUUAUCCUUCAAAGCGGCUUAUUAUUGUCGGCUCAAUUACAGGUAACACAAAUACAUUGGCUGGGAAUGUGCCUCCAAAGGCAAACCUAGGGGACAUGAGAGGUUUUGCCGGUGGAUUGAAUGGGCUAAACAGCUCAUCCAUGAUUGAUGGGGGAGAAUUUGAUGGUGCCAAGGCAUAUAAAGACAGCAAGGUCUGCAACAUGCUCACAAUGCAAGAGUUCCACAGGCGUUAUCAUGAGGAAACCGGCAUCACAUUUGCUUCCCUUUACCCGGGUUGCAUUGCCACCACAGGCUUGUUCAGAGAGCACAUCCCCUUGUUCCGGCUCCUCUUCCCUCCGUUCCAGAAGUACAUCACCAAGGGUUUUGUAUCCGAAGAGGAAUCUGGCAAGCGACUUGCGCAGGUUGUGAGCGAGCCAAGCUUAACUAAGUCGGGUGUGUAUUGGAGCUGGAACAAGGACUCCGCGUCAUUUGAGAACCAAUUGUCUCAAGAAGCAAGUGAUGUGGAGAAAGCUCGGAAAGUUUGGGAACUUAGUGAAAAACUUGUCGGCUUGGCCUAAGUGAGAGCGAUGUAAAGAUUAGAUUCUUAACACCGGACUAAUCUUCGUGGUCAAGGAGGGAUUCACUAGAUAUCGGGAUCUUGUUGCGACUUGUGAGUGCAGAAUUUGGCUGUGGGGGUGUGCUUUUGUGAGCAAUUUUGCUAUGUAAAAUGCAGGACCUUUGAGUUGGAGAAAUAAAAUCACUCGCAUUAUUUUUUCUA